CAGAAAAUCAUGGGACACGAUUCCAUGAAUAAUCCUGAUAUUGUUGCAUCUACAUACUUAGUCGACAACGAAUAUAGUAUUCAAAUAAUACGUUGGAUUCUCAAGGCGAUUAAUCUAUGGCCACGAUCUACCGAUAUUUCGAUCGUUGAAAAGGCCCUUUCUAAAUUUCUGAUAUUUGUAUGCUACUUUCUGAUGAUCACCACCAUGAUACCGAGUGGUCUGAGUAUCUUUAUGGAGUCGCAGGAGACCUUCGAGGACAAGUUGCGUAGCUUCGGUCCUCUCACCUUCUGGUUCAUGGCAAUGAUAAAUUAUUCCUGUCUGCUGAUGCAUGUCGAUGACAUAAGCAGCUGCAUAAAACACGUAAAAACGGAUUGGCGGCUUAUUAAAAAAAUCGAAGAUCGACAGCUAAUGCUGAGAAACGCUAAGAUAGGUAGAUUUAUCGCCGGUUUCUGCGCCGUGUUCAUGCAUAGUGGUGUGUUUUCGUACAACGUCGCGCGAGGAUUCUCCAAGGAUGUUUUAUACAUGGAAAAUAGCAGUGUGAUAGUUCGCGCAUUACCUUAUCCUUUCUAUAGCAAGAUCCUGAACGCGCAUUUCAGUCCGGCGUACGAAUUCGUAUUCUUUCUACAGUGUUUCUCCACCUUUGUCGUUAAUUCCAUCACGGUCGCCGCAUGUGGUCUCGCGGCAGUUUUCGUGAUGCAUGCGUGCGGCCAGUUGAAAAUUUUAAUGUCCUGGUUAGACAAUCUUGUGGAUGGACAAAAUGAAGAGAGACAUUCCAUGAGACAAAGAUUCGCCAUCAUUGUGAAACAUCAUCUAAGAGUGUUGAGUUUUGUAUCUCGUACAGAGAGAAUUACGAAUAUAAUAUGUCUCGUAGAAUUAGUCGGAUGUACGAUGCAUAUAUGUCUUUUAGGAUAUUAUUGCAUUAUGGAUUGGGUGCAAGAUAACAAACAGAAUAUUAUUUCAUAUUGUAUAAUAUUAACUUCGGUUACUUUUAAUAUUUUUAUAUUUUGUUACAUCGGGGAGAUCCUUUCCGAGCAGGGCGAACAAGUUGGUAAAUCUGCUUAUAUGACGAAUUGGUAUCUUUUACCUGGGAAAACAGCUCUCGGACUCGUUUUGAUAAUUUUAAGAUCUAACACUGCCCUUAAAAUUACUGCUGGAAACAUUGUUCAGCUCUCAUUUUCUACUUUCGGUGAUGUAAUUAAAUCUGCAUUAGCAUAUUUAAACAUACUUCGAACCAUCCAAUUGAACCGAUGGUUCCUGAAACCAGUCGGCGCGUGGCCUCUGACACUUUGCGAGACCACGAUGGAGAAGAUCAGCUGCGUGAUUUUGUCAAUGAUCAGCUGUUUCCUGAUAUGUUUUUUGCUCGUUCCGUGCACUCUCGGCACCAUUCUUGUUGACAGCGACCUUGAUAUGAAAAUCAGAAUGAUCGGUCCAAUCAGUUUCUUCCUAAUGGCCGUGGUAAAACAAUAUAUUCUCAUCGCCCGCAGCGAACGUAUCACUGAAUGCAUUCGACACAUUCGCGCAGACUGGAAUAGAAUCACACUGAAUCGCGAAAAGGACCGACAGAUCAUGUUAGACAAUGCCAAGUUUGGCAGAUGGCUUUCUUUCGUCAGCGCAGUUUUCAUGUAUUCCGGUGGCUUCUUUUAUACCACGCUGAUGCCACUCUGCGCGAAAAGAACGGAAAUAAUCGAUAACGAGACAGUGAGAUUAUUGUCCUUUCCGAUCUAUCGUGGCCUCCUCGAUCCACGAACCAGUCCGUCUUUUGAGAUCGCUCAGUUCACGCAAACUCUAGCAGGUUACGCCAUUUACACCCUCACUAUCGGUGUCUGCAGUUUGGCUGCGGUAUUCGUCAUGCACGCUUGCGGUCAAUUCCGGAUUCUUAUGCUAAAGCUGGAGAAUCUUGCGGAUGGAAAGGAAAGAAAGAGUGGAAAAACACCUGAAGAAAGACUCAGCGACAUUAUACAAUAUCACAUCAGAAUAUUAAGGGACGACAGCAUGCACGAUCGAUCCCGACUUCCGGAUAAGAUAUACAAUGUACAUUACGAGGAUGAUAUACGUUUUACUAUGCAGCUAUGUUGUUGGAUCCUGAAGCCGAUCGGCAUCUGGCAUUUCGUUUACGGCCGCUCGUCGCAAUACAAGAAAGUGCUUUCGAUAAUGCUAAUUUUCGCAUGCUUUUCCGUUUUGUGUCUCGUGCUUGUACCUUCCGCUCCACAUACUUUACUUCGCGAGAAAGACAUCAAUAAUAAGCUGAAGUUCAUCGGUCCAGUUGCCUUCUGCCUAACUUCCGCAAUAAAGUAUUGCUUCCUGGGAAUGCGCGGUACGGCGAUUGGAAGAUGCAUCGAGCAUAUCGAGCACGACUGGCAGGUGAUUCAAUAUCAGAACCAUCGCAAGAUAAUGCUGAGGAACGCAUUAGUGGGCCGUAGACUCACCAUGUUGUGCGUGAUCUUCCUUUACACCGGUGGAAUGUCUUUUCAUACGAUUAUGCCGCUGUCAUCCAGGACGAAGACAAAUGGCAGCUACACGGAUAGACCGCUGGUUUAUCCUGGCUACGAUAUUUACUUCGAUUCUCAGGCAAGUCCUGCCUAUGAGUUCGUCUUUCUCUUACAUUGUCUAUCUGCUGUGAUCCAGUACAGUGCCACAACAGCGGCAUGCAGUUUGGCAGCGGUUUUUGCGACCCACGCGUGUGGACAACUGCAGAUAUUAAUGACGCUGUUAGACGAUUUGGUCGACGGAAAAGAAAACAAAAACACCACCGUGGGCAAACGUCUGAUUCUAAUAACGAGGCAUCAUAUGCGUGUACUGAGAUUUACGACCGACGUGGAGAAAGUAUUACAUGAAAUAUGUUUGAUAGAAUUGGUGGCUGCAACUUUGAUUAUAUGUUUAGUUGAAUACUAUUUCAUGACGGAAUGGGAAAAUAAUAAUGCUGUGGCAAUCCUCACAUACUUUAUUCUACUGAUAUCUGUACCGUUCAAUUUUCUAAUAUUUUGUUAUAUUGGAGAGCUCGUUGUAGAAGAGUAUAGCAAAAUUGCUUCAGCCGCAUAUGAAGUUAAUUGGUACGACUUGUCUGGUCAUAAAGCUCUCGAUCUUAUAUUGAUUAUUACAAUGUCUCAUUAUCCACCCAAGUUUACGGCUGGCAAGUUCUGCGAUUUAUCCCUGAAUACUUUUAGCACUGUUCUUAAAACAUCUGUAGUAUACCUUAAUUUGCUUCGAACAGUUACACAGUAA